UGCUUCCUUUUUUUUUUCCUCUCAAAUCCGAGUUGACCGGAGAAAACUUGAUUUUUGAUUUCUUUUUGAUAUGAUUUUCUUGAUUUAUGUUUGUUGUGUGUUGCGGUGAUUGCAUGUUUUGCUCACGGGAACUUUGAAUUCGCUGGACCGGCCAAAUCGUAACCACGACCCACGGUUAUUCCGGUGGCCAAACCCCACCCGUCCCACCCAUAUCUCACCGUCACCCCUUUAACAAAACCCCCAGCAUUCCGAUGUCUGGUCCUUCGUUGAAAGCCGUCCACCCGCCCAUUUGGUUGUUGCGCGAGACAAUCAAUUUGAGAGUCAGUCAGAGUUUUUUUUUUUGGAGUUGUUUUGGAAGGAUUUUGAUUGUAUUUGGAGUCCUUUGUUGUUGUGGAUUGAUCGUAACACAAUUUCAUUGCCGCCAGCCACCAAUCCACCUACCUUUGAAUUGAAACACGCCCACCAAUUCUUUGAUUUUUUAAUUUUUGAUACAUAAUAUUAAUUGAUCAUUAUACCCUUAUUUAUAAUAAACUUUUGACCGUCCUAUCUUUCUUCUCUAAUUUGGGCGGGAAAAAGUUGUUUACUGUUUUUAAAUUAUAGAGAGAUUUUUGUUAUUGCAUCAAAGCUCGGGCGUAAUGUCUUUUAACUGUAUUUUAUACAAAAUUUGAAGCCGACAAAUAGCUCUCCUGGAUCCCGGCUUUAUAUACUUUAGAAAGAACUCAUCUCCCAUAAGAAUUCGUUCGCGGAUAUGGGAGCCAUUUUUUAUUUGAAAACUUACGGGAGGAGAGAGCAGGCCGGGAGUAGGGAGCUGGACCGCAAGCUCAGGGAAUUAGAGAGAAAGCGAAAAAUUCAGAGUUUAAGGGAAAGGUCAACUCGAAUCAACCAAACUGUGGCAUCAACCUCAAACUCGGAAAUCAGCUUGACAUUGUCCAGUUCAGCCAUUGAAUAUCGUUUGACAAAAAUCUAUGAGACACAGGUGAAGUUGUACAAAGCUGCCAAGGAAGAUGAUGUUGAUCUCAUCCUCAACUUCUUUUUUAGGAGUGAUGAAACUGUGGAGGAGCUUGCUUCAAGCUUCCUAUAUGAAACUGUUGAGUCCAGCAAUACAUUGCUCCAUGUGGCCGCGAGUUUUGACAGCACGGCGACUGUGGGCUUGAUUGCCGAUUAUCUGAUCAGUCUACCGAUUCUCGAUAGGAAGAACUCGAAAGGAGACACUGCUCUGCAUGUUGCUGCAAAAGCUGGACAUUUAUCCACUGUGACAGCUGUCAUUUAUCCACAGGUUGAGUCUUCAUUUUUAACUUCAAGUGAUGAUGGGUUGGAAAGGGUUACGUUCAGAGAGGAUGAUUACAAUUUACCGUUUUCAUUUCGGCUACAGAACGAAGAAGGAAUCACUGCUUUGCGCCCGGCUGAUUAUGAUAGAUCAUUGUUUCUUGGGCUAAAGAAUGAAGACGGAAACACUGCUUUGCAAGAGGCCUUGAUAAACGGCCAUACAGCCGUUGCUCAAGCGUUAAUUGAAGCAGAUCCUUAAGUUUCUUUCAAC